AUGUUCUCUCGGGCCUGGACACCAGGACGGGGACGGCCCGCGCCUCGCCGCCACAUCCCGGCCCGCUCCAUCCCACACCCUCGCCCGCCGCCGCAGCACUCACCGCGCCACGUGCGUCUCCGGCCCCGGCUAGGCGCGAGCGCCGGGGAACACUUCCGGCGCGCUCAAACCUCCUCGGCCACCGUACCGGUGCACAAUUUUACCGGGCUAGAAACGCCAAGGACUGCUCUGCGGGAAGAGCCUGUCACUAGCGGACGCUGCGGUCCUAAAGCCUCCCCUAAUACAGGGUACAGCACCGGAAGAGAAGCAAUCCUGUCUAAUGAGGCAGGUCUAUCUGAUUCGUGGAACCACCAGCCCAUAGUCUUGCCUACGCUGCUGGCUGGGUCUGUUUUGUUCUUUUCCUUCACUUCCUCACGUUCCGAGAACACAAAAAGCUUUCGUUUGUUAUUAUUCCGUCCACAGCCCACUUUCACAUCGGGACCGCCUCAGGAGGAUCUGGUGGACCGGAAGUGCUUGCUGAACAAAUACACGCUCCGCUCCUGUAACAAAGUCUUCUGCCAGCCGUGGCAGAAAUGUGUCGACGGAACCUGUGUCUGCAAACUCCCUUACAAGUGCCCCAAGAGCGGCACCCCAGUGUGUGCCACCAACGGAAGGCAGUUCCCCACGUACUGUCACCAGAAGAGUUUUGAAUGUCUUAACCCAGAGACGAAGUUCUCAAAUAAUGGAACAUGCACAGAUGGAGGGAAAUUUAAUGUUUCCUUAAGUUAUGGAUCUACAGAUGCAGAGGGAAUUGUUCAAGUCAAACUUGUGGACCAAGAUGAGAAAAUGUUCAUAUGUAAAAAAAGCUGGGGCAUGAUGGAAGCCAAUGUGGCCUGCUUUGACCUUGGAUUUCAACAGGGUGCUCUUGUCACACGAAGACGGUUUAAUAUACCUGGAAAUCUCCGUAUAAACGUCACCAAAUGCCUGCAUGUACGUUGCCGGGGAAUAGAGACCAGUUUGGCGGAGUGCACCUUUACCAAGAGAAGAACUAACACUUACCAGGGCUUAGCCGAUGUAGUGUGUUACACACAGGAUGCAGAUUCUCCAACCAAUCAGUCCUUCCAGUGUGUGAACGGGAAACACAUUCCUCAGGAGACAGUCUGCAAUGGUGUCAAUGAAUGUGGAGAUCAAAGUGAUGAGCUGUGUUGCAAAGGUUGCCACGGCAAAGCUUUCCUUUGUAAGUCGGGCGUUUGCAUUCCAAAGCACUAUAAGUGCAAUGGUGAAGUGGACUGCAUUACAGGAGAAGACGAGAGUGAUUGCAAAGACAUAACAUUAACCACUUGGAUAAUUUUCCGUUGUUUUAUCACAGCAGAGGAAACUGAAGAAACAGAAAUUUUGACUCCCAAUAUGGACACAGAGAGACAACGGAUAAAGUCCUUGUUACCUAAAGUAUCCUGUGGAGUCAAAAGAAACACACACACUCGAAGGAAAAGAGUGGUUGGAGGGAAGCCAGCAGACGUGGGAGACUACCCAUGGCAGGUGGCAAUUAAGGAUGGCGAAAGAAUCACCUGUGGGGGAAUUUAUAUUGGUGGCUGUUGGGUUCUGACUGCUGCACAUUGUGUCAGACCCAGUAGAGCUCCCCAUUACCAAAUAUGGACAGCAUUAUUAGACUGGCUAAAUCCUAACACUGAGUUGAGAGUUCGAACAGUGAGCAGAGUUAUUGUUCAUGAGAACUAUAAUGGAGCCACCUACCAAAAUGACAUAGCUUUGAUUGAAAUGAAAAAGAUUCCAGGGAGGAAAGACUGUGAGCUCUUUAAUUCUGUCUCUGCCUGUGUCCCGUGGUCUCCGUAUCUAUUCCAACCGAAUGAGAAAUGCAUCAUCUCCGGAUGGGGUCGAGAGAAAGAUAACCAAAAAGUCUACUCACUUAGGUGGGGCGAAGUGAACCUGAUAGGCAACUGCUCUCAGUUUUACCCAAAUCGCUACUAUGAAAAAGAAAUGCAAUGUGCAGGUACCAAUGAUGGGUCCAUCGAUGCCUGCAAAGGAGACUCUGGAGGUCCCUUGGUCUGCAUGGAUGUCAACAAUGUGACCUAUGUUUGGGGCAUUGUGAGUUGGGGUGAAAACUGUGGAAAACCAGAAUUCCCAGGUGUUUACACCAGAGUGGCUAAUUAUUUUGACUGGAUUAGCAAUCAUGUGGGAAGAUCCCUUAUUUCUCAACAUAAUGUCUGAAGCUAUGACCUCCUUCUUUCUACAGAUAUUAAUUCAGGAGUCAUGUUUUAAUUAAAAUAAAACUGUGUAAUUAUUUCUCAGAGCUGGCAAGAAGCAAGUCUUACUGGCCAGUUCUAAAGGUUUCUUCAAAGUUUAUGCCAUUUUAGAAUUCUGCUGUAUACUUUCCAAAUAAAUAUUCUGCUUAAGCAUACAAGGUUUUUGGUUGUUGUUUUUUUGUUGGUUUGGUUUUUUAGUGUUAGCACCACUCAGCUACACCUUUGACCGACAAAUUUUAUUUACAGGAAGUUUGACUAGAUGAGCUCUUCAGGCAGGAAUGAGGUUUUGACUACAGUAAAGGCAGAGAUAAUUCGGAGACAUUGGAAUUACACAAGACUGUUCACGCCACAGAUCUGCCACCUACUGUAUUAGACCUUGGGUGACUUAUUCUUUUCUUUGUGUCUUGUUGUCCAUCUGUAUUUUGUGAUUUUUCCCCCCCUGGGGAGACAUGAACAAGCAUCUGUUCACCCCAGAUAGGGCACCAACUGAAGACCAAAGAAAUCAUUCCACCCAAGUCUAGCUUGGUGAACCAAUGAAUAUAUUGGGGUUCCUUACAGGAACAUGGGAGAGCAGUUACUUAAGGCAGCUGGAACAGCAAGAGCCUCACCAACCAUGGGCGACAACUCACAGAACGUGCAUCUCCGGGGCUCCCCAUCCAAUCUGUAGGCAAUUCCAUGAAAGAGAGUCUCCUCUCGCAGCCACUGUUUACCGCUAACACUCCCCAGGAGAAGGACCUAGUGAAUCCUGUACCUUUCUGAGCUUCCUGUGUCGGGUGAGUCUCUUCAGUCUCCUGCCCUUUAUGAACCUCUCUCCUUCCUCGGGGUGGAGGAAAAGCCACAAGACAGCCCACAAGAAACGGUGUGAGGACGAAACCCUGUGUUUAUGUUGAAAGCCUGGUGUGGUCUCUGUCACAGGGCAAUGAUACCUCCCAGCUCUUGUCCCAUUCCUCAGCUUCUUUAAGUACUAAAACAUUUUCCUCCAAUUUGUCUUUGCCCUUCAUGUCACAAGCUCCCCUUGACCCUUUCUGGAAACCCCUCCACAGCCCACACUGUCACAGCCACGUGACUGCUCUCAGGUCAGCAACAGGAGUCUCUUCAGUUCCUUGUUCUCAGCCUCCUGGCCAGCCACGUCCUUCUGGUUGCUUCUUUUACUGUGCUCUUUCUCGGACGUUUUGUAUCUUGACUCAGUGUCCAGUUCCACUCACAGUCCAAGGACUCAUGAGUGCAUGUGUCCAGCCCUGACAUGUCCCAGAAGAGCAGACUGAAUGUGCCACUAAGUAGCAGGCAUUCACAAGUCAUGCUCCCCUCCCCCUCCCGCUUCUGCACGUGACAUCACCAUCCUCUCAGGCCUCAGCAAGAGCUCCAUCUCCAUCACCCUGUCCUGCUUUAAUCUUGGAACAGCAUUUAUCAUUCUCCCAACAUUGUUUUUAUUGGUUUACUACCUCUUUUCCAACAGUCACCCCAAGUACACUGUAAGGCAGGGGAGAGUCCUUAUCUGUCCUCCUCUUGGCUGCGGCUCUUGCCCUUAAUUCAGAGAUGUUCAGUAAAUCGGCAUUAACCGACUUUAGGAUUUGUUUUAAACUCAAUGCUGUCCAUUAUUCAUAAUAGCAAGAACCUGGAAACAACCUAGAUGCCCCUCAACUGAAGAAUGGAUAAAGACAAUGUGGCACAUAUACACAAUGGAGUACUACUCAGCAGAGAAAAAACAAUGAUAUCAUGAAAUUUGCAGGCAAAUGGAAGGAACUAGAAAAUAUCAUCUUGAGUGAGGUAACCCAGACUCAGAAGGACAAACAUAGUAUGUACUCACUCAUAAGUGGAUACUAGAUGUGAGGGAAGGGAUGGCCAGACUGCAACCCACAACUCCAGAGAGGCUAGCUAACAGGAAAAGACCCUAGGAAGGACACAUGGAUGACCCUGUGAAGGAGAAGUGGAUGAGAUCUACAUGAGUGGACUGGGGGUGGGGGGUGGCAGAGGGCGAGGAGUAGGGGAUGAGAACAUAGGGAAAUGGGAGGGUCAAGCUGGAACAGGGACAGAGUGGGAGGGCAGGGAGGGAGAUACCAUGAUAGAUGAGGACAUCAUGGGAAUAGGAAGAGGCAGGGUGCUGGGGAGGCUCUCAGGAAUCCACAAGGUUGACCCCACCUUAGUCUGCUGGCAGUGGUCCAGAGGGGGUCUGGACCGGUCUACUCUGGUGACCAGCCUAGCAAAUAACCUAGCUGUCAUCAUAGAGCCUUUGUCCAGUGACAGAUGGAGGCAGAUACAGAGAUCCACGGCCAGGCACCAGGCUGAGCUCUGGGAAUCCAAUUGAUAAGAGAGGAGAGAUACUGCAGGCGAGGGACGUCAAGAUCAUGAUGGGAGGACGUGCAGAGAUGACCGGCCACACUAGUGGAAGCCCAUGAACUGUGGACUUGUUGCAUGAAUCGUAAAAGUUCUUAUUAAUAAAAUCAAACCUGUGGCCAGUUAUUGGGGUGAACACUGGAAGAUCAGAGACAGAACAAGCCACAGCUAACCUCACCUGGCCAACUUCUCAGCUGGUCUUCUUUCCUCAGACUGGAAGCUUCUGUGUCCUCAUCCCAGUGGCUCUCAGCUGAACUGCUGCUGGAAAGCCUGAAGCUUAACCAGCCAAAUGCUUCCAGUUUCUGGUCCUCACGCCUUAUAAACCUUUCUGCUUUCUACCACCACUCCCUGGGAUUAAAGGCUGCUUUCUGGGAUUAAAGGCGUGAGUCACCAUGCCUGGCUGUUUCCAAUGUGGCCUUGAACUCACAGAGAUCCAGAGGGAUUUCUGUCUCUGGAAUGCUAGGAUUAAAGGCAUGUGCUAACAUUUUCUAGCCUAAGUAUCUUGUGGCUUUUCUGUUCUCUGACCCCAGAUAAGUUUAUUAAGGUACACAAUAUUUUGGGGAACACAAUACCACCACAGUGGACUGGUGGCUGUGGAGUCCCCAUGGGACUGGAGUAGGCCCGCUGGAUACAGAAGAUGGUUGGUUGGCUUGAACUGUUUGGGGGGCACCCAGGCAGGGGGAUCAGGAUCUGUCCCUGGUCAAUGGGCAGGCUUCUGGAAUCCGGUGCCUGUGGUGUGACACCUUGCACAGCCUUGGUGCAGUGGGAAGGGGCCUGGACCUGCUUAGGCUCAGUGUGCUGGGCUCUGCUGACUCCCCAUGGGAGACCUCGAUUUGGGGGAUGUGGGGAUUCGGGGUGGCUUGGGAAAGAGGGCUGGGGGUGGGAGGAGGGAGGAGGGGGGGUGUCUGUGGAUAGUAUGUGGAGUGAAAAAAAAAGAAAUGGUAAUUGUGUUAUAAUGAAAUAAAUAGAAUAUAUGUAAAUUAUAUUUUUAUAUAUUUUAAUUAUAAAUGCUAGUUGUUUACUAUGUAAAGUUAUAAUAUAUUAUGGAUAGAUUUAUAAAUGAAUAUUUAAAAUGGAAAAAAAAAUAAAAUCAAUGCUGUCGUUGUUGAAGCAGUGAGUGGAGACAUCUGUCUCCAUCUGGGUUCUUGUCCCAUCCUCCUCCAGAAACUGUCUUGGUCAGACAAUGAGGAGUACCAAAAGGAGGUGCUUUAUUGUCUGUUCUGGGUUAACAACGUGAAACAAUUUGCCGUGAACUCACAGUAGCAACCAGAUGCUAGUGAAGAGCUGUUACAGCUCCUGGACAAUGUGUGGAAGAUACCUUCGAGGCUACCUGUGUGUGGAAGUGUAAAAGUGGUAAAGGCUGCAGGCUCAGAAGCCCCUUCUGCAGUGACCUGAAACCUGCAAAACAAACAAAAGCCCAGAACGGACUGGAGCCAGGGUCUCUCUGCAGGGCAAUGACACAGCUCUACGAGGCGGCUGCAUAUAGGGAAAGACCAAGUAGAGGAGGGGUGGGAGGGUCUGACCGCAGGGUUUUAUCCGUUCGGAGGUCUCUCUCAGGGUCCUCACUCACGAUAAUGCGAUCGGCUUACUGCAAACAUAGAUCCAAUGCCCCCAUCAGAUUGGCCUGCACACAGGUCAGUGGGCCAUAUUCUUGAUUAAUCAUUAAUGUGGGAGGGCCAGGGAAACUGGGGGCGGGGGCGGGUGUCACUCCUGGUGAGACUGAGACAUUUAAGAACAAAAACUGAGCAAGUUAGGAGGAGCAUGCCAGUAAGCAGUGUUCUUCCAUGGGCUCUGCUUCGGUUCCCACCUCAGGCUCCUGCCCUGACUUCUUGCCCUGACUUCCCUCAGUGAUGAACUGUUGCCCAGAGCUGUAAGAGGACGUAAGGUCUUUCACCUGAAAGUUCCCUCUGAUCACAAUCUUUAUCACAGCAACAGAAACCAAACCAAACAGGUGCUACUGUCUCUUCAUAUAGUCUUGCUUUUAUAACCAACUUAAGUUGAAAGUAAGGAUGACAGGAAAGCCCUCACCUCUCUCAGGAAAGAGACCCCAGGCCAUCCUGAAGACAAAGAGUUAACUCAGAACAACUGCGGCUGCUUAUUGGCGAGUUAUGAGAACCAAGAGAGCUAAAUGUAAUUACCAGCCCUUGAGACACGGGCAAGGUAAGUGUGUGUGUGUGUGUGUGUGUGUGUGUGUGUGUGUGUGUGUGUGUGUGUUUGUGUGUGUGUGUGUGUGUGUGUGUGUUGGGGGUGGUGGUAAUAACACCUGCCAACUAACAGCCAGCAGAUGGUCAAUGCCAAUGUUAAAGCUAGAGUCAGAAAUGGACAAAGCGGGACCUCAACCACCCACUACCUGGGUGGGCAGCACAUGAUACAUGAUCAUCUCUCUGGUUGGGACAGGAGAACAUUCAGAGGGCAUAUGAACCCUCCACUGGCAUGGCUCAUCAUAGCUCAGAGAACUAAUAAAUCUCAUGGCAAUCUCAGCAUGUGUCCAGUCUCUGUCACAGCCCUUUUAGAACCUUUAGAAAACAAAGUUCACUGGCUUUUUCCUCUCUUCAGAACGCUUCCCACUCUUGGGAGGGUCUCUCACUUUUCCUCAAUUUCUUUCUUUUUCUUUUUUGUAAUUCUUCUUAAGAAAGCAUAGCCCAUGCCGGGUGGUGAUGGUGCACGCCUUUAAUCCCAGAACUCGGGAGGCAGAGCCAGGCGGAUCUCUGUGAGUUCGAGGCCAGCCUGGACUACCAAGUGAGUCCCAGGAAAGGCACAAAGCUACACAGAGAAACCCUGUCUCGAAAAAACAAAAAAACAAAAAAGAGAGAAAAAGAAAGCAUAGCCCACAACUGUCCAUAUCUUUAAUCUUCACUGGCGUGAGACAAUAAACUCAAAGCUACUAUUUCAGGUCAAUCUGAUGACCAUGUGUGGUACCCUCGGGUCAUAUAACUGGGCUAUGAAGUCUGUCAUAAUUGAGAUUCUUCCGUCACAUGGGACCAACUGGGAAGUAAAAUAUGAAGCUGCACUUUGCAGGAACAAUAGUGAAAACUCAGUGGCGAUCAGCCUGCGGUGUCAAAGAGGGCUCCCCCAGAGGUGAGCUUAAUCUGACUGAUGGAACGUGAUGGUUAUGGUUAGCUGCCAGAAUAGCGUUAACUUGCCAGAAUCUAGAAUAAUGUAGGAGAUGAGCCUCUGCACAUGUCUGCGCAGAACUAUCCUCAAUACAUUGAUGUGAGAAGACCUAUCUCAAUCGGCGGCAGGACUAUUGCCCAGGCAAGGGAUCCUAGGCUAUAUAAAGUGGGCAAAGUGAUUCAUUGGUUACUCUCUGCUUUCCAGUGGUGAUGGCACCGGCUGCUUCAAGCUCCAGCCUCUUUGUCCUCCUCACUGUGAUCAACUGGACCCUAGAACUGAGCCAGGAAAACGAACAAACCUUCUCCCUUAGGUGUUUUCUUUAUAUUUUAUUACUAUUACUAUUAAUUAUUAUUGCAUGUGUGCGCGUGUAUGUACAGGUCAGAGGACAUCUUGGGGGACUCUCUUCUCUCUUUCUACCAUGGCGUUCUAUGGAUCAAUAGCUUAUCAGGCUCAUGGAGCAAACACUGCCACCUCCUGAGCUAUCUCACUAGUCCUUAAGGUCCCUUCUGCCUGAGUGCUUUCUCAUGGCAACAGGAAAGAAAACGAAGCCAUGGAAGAGCUUUCCAAGGAGUGGCACGAGCCAAGGCCUUGCAACUUAGGGAGCCAGCCACACACACAGGUUGGAGAGCAGCUCUGUGUCCUUGGCGCCCAGGGUGCCUCAGAGAAAAGAACAAGCCAGGUGGGGCCUCCGAGAGUUGAAAUCACUGAAGAAUUCUAGAAAGUCCAAGCAGGAGGCAGGGUGGAAGAUGUAUAGUGGCGGGUGGAGGGUUGAGACGAGACAUGGAAGCCAGGAGAAUCUUAGACUAUUUAAAGGGGAACUGAGGAAGACAGAAGCCAAGGCAAGGGUCGGAGAGACUGACCCUGACGUUAGAUAAAACAUGGUACCAGGGAGAGGCAUUUGAGUCUAUGGCAAUUAUGAGAUUUUUCUCUUAAUUAUGAGGUGAUUGGUGUGGCCAUGGGUGACAGAUAAAAUAAAGAAGUGAGGGACUGAAGCGGGUUUAACCAGUUGGGUUACUUUGAAUUUGUGAUGUCACAUGGGAGCUCAGUGAAACUGCACCGUGUGCAAUAGAGGAGACAAGGGUCCAGGGAAUCUGGCAUUUGAGAAUGUAAUUCCUAGAGACAGACAGCAAACUGGGUUCUCAGAGGACAGGUUAUUGUUAAGGUAAAAGAUAGUAGUCAACCAAGAUGUAACUGUGUAAAGAAAUAGAAAAGAGAGGCUUGGUGCCAAGAUCCUGGCACUUGAGAGGCCUGUGGAGGAGGAUGGUGUUUUUAAGGUAAGUGAAAGGGCAGCCUGGGCUACAAGCCAAGAUCCUGUCCCAGAAAAAUAAACAAAAAGGGCUUUGGGUUUUAACUGAGGGCUGGUCUUAGUGCAUUCUGUGCUGUUCUGGAAGACAUAUUCCUGGACCAGGACAUCUCUCUGGUAGAAGAAUUAAAUGAGCCAAGCCUUGCUUUAAAAUUCUGGUGAUACAGUUGGUUGGGACCUCAGCAAUCAGCCAGUGCAGUAACAUCCAAUGAUCUGUGCUUUCUCUGUGUCCUCUCCCUAAUCUGUGGUUAUCCUUUCACUACGGUAUCUAGAAUUUUUAGGAGGGGUGACUGUGAAUUCUGUCUUCCUUAAAAUUAGACAGAGACUAGAGGAAGUGCUCUAACUCAGCGGUUCUCAAUCUGUGGGUCCGACCCUUCAGGUUGCAAGGGGUCGCACACCGGAUACCCUGCAUAUCAGAUAUUUACCUUACAGUUCAUAACAGUAGUAAAUUACAGCGAUGAAGUAGCAACGAAAUAAUUUUAUGGUUGCGAGGUCACCACAACAUGGAGAACUGUAUUAAAGGGUCCCGGCAUUAGGAGGGUUGGGCACCACUGCUCUGAUUGAGAAAGGGGUCCAUCCUGAACGACCCUCAGACGGAGAAGCU